GACGCAAGACGAAGAUGAAGUUCCUGCUCCAAACGGCAGCGCUUUCCUCCUGCUUCGUCCUGUGGCUGGUCUUGGCGCAGAAGUUCGUCCGUGAAGGCAUUACCGAUCCCUGUCUGAAGAGUUCUAUUGAAAUCGUGGUUGUGGGUGUGACCUUGUGCUCCAUACAUUGCAGCGUAAGGGGUUGUCUGGCGUUUCAGUUUCAAGAUGGCGUGUGCAUAAUCUACCAUGUGGGAUUCCUUGAGUCUAACACUGGGGUGAAGAAUUUAUAUAUUGUUUUUACUGGUCUUGCCAAUAUUGCGUCAGAAAAAAUAGUCACAGCCUCACCACAAUACAGUACUAAGGUGGGAGAGCUAGCCAGCGACUGCAACCUCAACACGAUCUACCACUCCGAGAUCAGAGAACCUUACGCCUGGUGGAAUGUUGACCUGGCUAAUCCUGCUUUUAUCCAUCUCAUCCGAGUUUAUCCCGACUACAAUAAAGAACUCUACAUGACUAGGUUUCACGACGUCGAGGUGAGCAUCGGGUCUGUGGCUGCUGUUGGGGGCGAUGCCUCGUCCUAUACUGUGAUUGGGACUUAUAUCGGACCCUUUCCUAACAGCAGUUGUUGCAGCGUAGAAUUCACCCUCGACCCUCCUGUUUUGGCUCGUUACGUCCACGUCCGCCGUACAACUGCAUUCGAUUAUCGGCAAGAUUACCUUAUUAUGAAGGAGGUUGAGAUUAUGAGCCCAGAUUUCCAAUGAAAGAAGGAAUUCUGUGAUCAGUAUAUAUGCAUGAAGUGUGAUUAUACACAUGAAUACACUCCCGCACCUUUUCUCUUCAGCAAAGGCCCUAUUUCUCUUAAUUCUGGGAACCACUCGGACUUUGUCUAGAGGAGACACUAUAUUUUAUCGCCAAGUGUGGAUUUUCCAAAAGAUUUCCUAGGUUAUUUAUUUGGAACUCAUACUAUAUAUAUACAUAUAAAUCAAGAUAAACUUCAGCCUUAGGGGAAACUGAGAAAAGGGUAAUACCAAACAAUUAAUGAGGUUAAGACAUUUCAUGAUAUAUUGAACUAUUAAUCAUUACACAUUCACAAUUAGGAAUAUUCAUCUACACAUGUCAACUCUCUCCAAUUCAAUGUAAUCCAACCUGUCAGUUUUGUCACAUUUAUUCAUAUAUUCCUUUUUUUACUUAAAUUUAGUGGACUGCUUUACUCCAGCACCAAAGAUAAAACAAAACCCAUUCUAAAAGAAAUAAUCAAUUAUUAUACUUUAGGAAAGAUAAAACAAUUAAACAAUAAACAAUAUAGAAUUAUCCGAUAUAACUAAAUCAUCUCUUAUAGGAACGAAAUAUUUGUAACAAACAAGCAAGUAGUGUAAAAUAUUUAUGCCCUUAUAGACGAUCUGAGUUGACAGUAAUUUUGACUACAUAGCCAAAGGCUAAUUAAAAUUGAGGUAUACAUAGGUGGUAACAUAUGUAUAAAGUCCUAAUGAGUGAGGUAUGCAAAAGGGUGGUUUAUAGACGAAAUUUUGGGUCAUUCUAACUUCACAUCCCUUGUGCUCAUUAAAACAGACUCACAUCCACACGUGCACAAACAUAUACACUCUCUCAGUGUCAUAUACACACGUGCGCAAACGCACACACACACACGCACGGUUUUAAGGCUGAAAUAAUCUACAUUAUUACUUCCUCAAGGAAUCUCACAUAUAGAAUGACAACACCAGGGCACUUGAUUUCAAAAUUUAUUUCAUGGAAGGGUAAUCUACAAAUCCUGGAUAAAAUAUCAGUGAUUAGAUUGAUACUAUGACUACACUGUGUUCAACAUUACUUCAUUAUUCAUCUUGUUAUUGCUGCAGUAUAAUUUUAAACAAUUUAAAUGAAAUCGAGAUCUAGGAACAUUUAAUGUAACCGACCUGUAUGUACUUAGUACCACUGUCGUUACCACAAGAUGGCGGUAAUAAAACAUAGUGUUGUGAACGUUGUAUAAUUGUAUCUUAGACGCUUCAUGUAUUGUUUGUACCCGUUUUAUUCAUUAUAUUCUGUGAUUAUGCUCAUCAUCUUGAGGGAAAUUUGUAGACUCCCACGAAACAGCAGUUUAUGUCUGUUUCUAGAGCAAAAUAUUACUAAGGCAUUAUUAUUAGGUCUGCUACUAUCACUGCUGUUAUAAAUGUUGUUUAUGUGACAAGAAUGAAUAAAAUACAUCUCAA